UCACAGGGUAAAUCAUUUAAAAUAGAAACUGGAUAUUCAGUCUAAGGAAACUGCAGAGCGACAGAAGAACCAACAAUAUCUCCUGUUUUCUCCUUUAAUGAGUCGACUCUUCUGGUGCUUUCAGACCAAAGAACUACAGACUCUUCACAACCUGCUCAAACUCUUGGUACAGGACCUCACCACACGGGUCAACAAGGUUUCCUUCUCAUUUCUACUCUGAAGCUCACCUUCUCCUGCUCAAACUGCUGACAAAUGUUUGUGCUGCUCUGAAGUCUGGUCUCCAGAACUUCCUAAAAACUCUCAAAGUCUCUUCUGCUGCAGGUUGCUUUGUAGAACUGUUCCAGAAAACCUCACUAAACCACAUGGAGGGGCCUCAAGAUAGUCGUCCAAAUGAAACCGUACAAAAACCAAACUAGCACAACCCAAACGCUAAAGUCUCCUGCAGCCUACCAGAGAAGCUCUUUAAACAGAGAAUCAGGACAGGAACUCUUACCUUCUGGACAACCAACGUUGGUUCACAAACAACCAAAAACCUCUAAAGACUCACUACAGCCAAGAUAAAGACACAACUCAGCUGCACCAAAUCCACUAAUCACUGCACACAUUAGCACCAUGUGCUAACUGUGGCUAAAGAACCACAUUUACCAAGACAACUAUCAGUACAAAGCCCUAAAACACACCAAGAAACACAUUAAAGAGGAUUUUACUGCUGGAAGCUGCAAGCCAACGCCUAAAGAACAAACUAAAGCAACGGAGCCAAACCCGGUUCAGUGAAGAGAAGCAGAGGAAAUGUUUGACUGCAGACAUAAAGCAGGAAGACACUGAGCUGCUCAGGUGUUCCUGAUAACACCAAGCAGCCACCUGGACAGCCAAUAGGAACACAGCUUACUGGAAGUCCAGAGGGCUGGCUUAGUGAAGGAAAUUUAGUUUAAAGUUGAAGCAGAAAGUUAACAGAGAAAGUUGAAAACCACCUUCUGAUCCCUGAAAUCUGAGUUUUCACACAAAGAACACCUGAACAUGUCAGACUGGUUCCAUAGUAGAACCAUCAUUGUAAUAGCAUCAUAGUAUGGUGUGUUGCUCAAAAAACAUUACGACCGUCUGUCUAGGGUCGCCAAGGAGCGACACAAAAACAGGACAAACGCUGGUUUCCUGAGGGUUGAAAGAGUAAGUUUACAACAACACAACAUGUGAGCAGAAAAAUCACAAAGUCUGUCUUUAGUUCAGCUGAAAAUAUGAGUUUUUGUCUUUUUUAUUGACCAAACUUUUCAGGAAGUAGAUGAAGAAUAAUUAAAGCGCUCAUGUAGGAGUCCAACUUCUUUUGGAUCCUUGUGGAGAGUUUAGUCUUAGAGUUUGUAAAGCUGUUGAGUUUUUAGAGUCACAUGGAUUGUUUUGACAUUUAAUACUUAUAAUAAUAAUAAUUUAAUCAGAGUCCUGAAAUAAAAUUACAGAUGUGGAUUUCUGUCAUUUAGUCUGGACUAAACAAAUAACAGCAGCAUAAAUCUCAAACGUCUUUAUGAGGAGUCUGGAUUGAGGUUUCUCACUUGAUAAUGAUCAAAACAUGAAAUUUAGGUUGGUUUAAAGGAAUAUUCCACCUUAAAUCUUUGAAUGUUGACCUAAAAGGUUGGUUUCAGGAAGUAUUCCACCUACAAGGUCCUCACACAUCCACCUUAAAGGAAUAUUCCACCUUAAAUCCCUGGACAUGCACCUAAAAUGUUGGUUUAACCAAGUAUUCCAUCCAAACUCUUCAGAGACCUGAGGGGCUGGUUAAAAGGAAUAUUUUCUGAGCUUUGACCGAUCCGAGAACAUGAAGUACAUCAUCGUUAUCGGCGGCGUAACCGAUGGAGGGAAAACCAGCCUCACCAACCGCCUGAUCAAGAACCUGUCCAACUGCUGCUGGUCCAUCAGGAUGACUUCUUCAAGCCCCAAGAUCAGACUGAAGUUGGUGAAGAUUGCUUUAAGCAGUACGAUGUCAUCACUGCUCUGGACAUGGACGCCAUGAUGAGGAGGAUCUACGCGUGGCCGGAGAACCCGGUGAAGUUUGAGAAGUCUCAUGGUGUUAAUAACACCCUGGACACAGAGAUGGUCCUGAAGGAGGAGGAGGAGACUCACAUCCUCACUGUGGAGGACUUCCUGCUUCACACCUACAGGCCUUUGAUGGACGUGCUAAACCAACGUUACUUUAUUUCCAUCCCAUAUGAAGAAUGCAGAAAGAGGAGGAGCUCUAGGAAGUCCACAGUACCAGACCCCCCCGGCCUGUUCUAUGUCCACGUCUGGACCAUGGACCUGCAACACAGAACAUCUGCUCACUGUGGAAGAUUACUGAGAGCAGCUUUUAGUCAUUUCUAUGCAGAACACUAUGAUACAUUUUUUUGGGACACCCUGUAUUUUAUUGCAUUUUAAAAUGCACAUUCCUGCACAGAACAUUUCAGAUUAUUUUAGCACAGAUCAAAGGUACAGAUUGUUGUUGUUCACUGUGUAUUGGGUAGAACUCAUUUUGAUUCAGACUGAUUAGCACACAGAACCCUGUGAUGUUUCUGGUUUACAGCUGAGAACUAGUUGCUAAAAGUUCAGAAUAUUAUUUCUUAUUUUAGGUCUGAUAAUUGUCAGUAAACAUUCUAAGAAGUGGAAAUUAACAGGGUUGUAUAUAGAGCUGUUCUUGUACAAUAUUUGUCUCUUAACUGCCCUCAGGAUUCUGUGGUUGAGCUAACAGUUUUACAGAACAGGCAGAUGCUGCAGCUGAUGAUGCUGGAAUUCACAGAAACAAGGAAACAAGUCCAUCAGAAUUUAAUGUUAACAGUCCAAAAUGAAAAGGUCAUAUACAGCUUUCCUACUGGGUUAAAGAGCCCAAAAAACAACAACAUGAAAAUACUUUGUAAAAGCCAGAGGUUGGUAGCAGCUUUCAUUUUUUCUUACAACUUUUCCAUCCACUGGACUUAAUCAUUUACUGGGUUUAUUCAUCAGUUUAUUCAAUGUAUUAAUACUUUCACUGGAUUUACUAAUCUGUUCAUGAGAUUUAUUGUUUAC